AUCGUCGUGAGUCGCGUGACCGUCAGAGUCACACUCACAAACAUUUUUGGACAUGAAUUGAAAAUUAUUAUAAUUACCAGAUUUUUUAUCUAUCGUCGAACUUGGGACUGAGAAAGUAGCAGCUUCGUUUGCUUCCUCUGAUAUUUUUCUACACUCUCUGUCUCUCUCUAAAGAUGAAUUGUCUUCAGAAUCUUCCCAGAUGUUCAGUCUCACCUCUGCUGGGAUUCGGGUGCAUUCAAAGAGAUCAUUCUUCUUCUUCUUCUUCUUUGAAGAUGCUAAUAUCGCCUCCGAUCAAAGCCAAUGAUCCAAAAUCUCGACUUGUUUUACAUGCAGUAUCAGAGUCAAAAUCCAGCUCAGAGAUGAGUGGUGUUGCAAAGGAUGAAGAGAAAUCUGAUGAAUAUAGCCAAGACAUGACUCAAGCUAUGGGUGCUGUUCUAACUUACAGGCACGAGUUAGGAAUGAACUACAACUUUAUUCGUCCAGAUCUAAUUGUUGGAUCCUGCUUACAGACCCCUGAAGAUGUUGACAAGCUUCGUAAAAUUGGAGUUAAAACCAUAUUUUGCUUGCAACAAGAUCCAGACCUGGAAUAUUUUGGAGUAGACAUAAGCAGCAUCCAAGCCUAUGCUAAGAAAUAUAGUGAUAUUCAGCAUAUUCGCUGUGAAAUUAGAGACUUUGAUGCAUUUGAUUUGAGAAUGCGUCUUCCAGCCGUGGUUGGUACUCUUUACAAAGCUGUUAAGCGAAAUGGAGGAGUUACAUAUGUGCACUGCACUGCUGGAAUGGGAAGGGCUCCUGCUGUUGCGUUGACAUACAUGUUCUGGGUGCAAGGCUAUAAGCUUAUGGAAGCUCAUAAAUUACUUAUGAGCAAAAGGUCGUGCUUUCCGAAGCUGGAUGCUAUCAGAAAUGCAACAAUUGAUAUUCUUACAGGACUCAAGAGGAAGACUGUUACUCUGACACUGAAAGAUAAGGGGUUCUCCAGAGUAGAAAUUUCUGGCCUUGACAUUGGAUGGGGACAGGUAAAUAUAUUUUAUCUUAAACCAAUUUAUUUAUUAUGACACCUUGCUCUUAAAUCUAUGGUGUGCCAUAUAAGCUUUAAAGCCAGGAUGCACUUUUGUCACUGCUAUUAAAAGAAUGGCCUCUUUGAUAAGAAGUGGAAGAGAUGAGUGUUGGAUUUCUGAAAAUUAUUGUCUUAUGAUUGUGCAAAACUAUUUGGACGUAUAUAUAUAAAAGGUAAUGUAUUUCUUUAGCUCUUUUCGUUUUUACCAUUUUUCUCUUUAUGUAGAGGAUACCUCUAACACUGGACAAGGGAACAGGAUUCUGGAUCCUAAAGAGAGAACUGCCUGAAGGACAGUUUGAAUAUAAAUACAUCAUAGAUGGUGAAUGGACACACAAUGAGGCCGAACCGUUUAUAGGACCUAACAAAGACGGCCAUACCAACAAUUACGCUAAAGUAGUGGACGAUCCAACAAGUGUGGAUGGUACAACUCGGGAGAGACUAUCGAGCGAAGACCCUGAGCUGUUGGAGGAAGAACGCUCGAAACUAAUCCAGUUCUUGGAGACUUGUUCUGAGGCAGAAGUUUGAGAGUUGAGAGCAUCCGACUAGACUAUGUGAAUGUACAACUUACUAGUAACAAUAAAAUGCUUCAUGUUAGUAAUACAUACAGUUACGCUUAUAGCAGCAAAAGAAAAAAACAUGAAGUUAGUAGUACUAUGUUCAAGUAUAAUAUAUAGUUUAAAAUCUUUGUUUUUUCUUAAUUACAUUCUUUCACCAUGUGAAGAUUGGUCAAAAUUGAUGAAAAUGUAAUCUUUGGUUG